CUUUUCAUUGGCACUGUAUUUGUGAUUAUGAUUGUUGCCAUGAUCAAGCAGCCAUGAUGAUUCAGAGACCUCUAACCUGCUCCCCUCUGCCUUUGAACACGUGUGAUGAUGAGCCUCAGCUCUGCCUUCCUCUGUCAAGAGUCUUGCAAAGAUUGAGAGCUUUCAGGAAGUGAUUUCUCGCGGUUUUCAGAGCUCAGCCUCAACUCCUAAUCAUUUGAAGCAGAAAACCACAUUUCAAAAGAGCACGUUUUAAAGGCACUCUUGAAGAUCACGCAGCUCUCAGAGAUGCCUCGCUCCUUCAUGGUGAAGAGUAAGAAGGCGCACAGCUACCAUCAGCCGCGGAGUUUAGAGGAUGACUACAGCAGGCUGGACUCCAUGCUGGCGCACAUAUGCUCAGAGGUGGAUAAACUCCCGGAUGACGCAGACAUUUCAGCGGACAGAUACGCCCUCUCUCCGGACUCUCACCUGGCUGAUGCUGCUGAUUUCUCCCCGAAGUCUCCGCUCAGCUGCGCCGACAGUCUGUGCGCUCCCUCCUCGGACUAUGAGGACUUCUGGAGGCCUCCUUCUCCCUCUGCAUCACCAGUUGAUUCAGAGAAAUCCCUCUCCCCUGUGGUGGACGAGACUCAGCCCUUCACUGUUCCCUUCCGGCCGUACGCCUGGAGCAGCUACCCGGGGCCCGGGCUGAGGCCGUUGUUGCAGCAGAGCCUCCAUCCAAGCAUGGAAGUGGACAGGGGCCCUGGGCCCAUUACAUUUUACGCGGACAGGAGCACCCACCCGGCCCUGGACUCGUACCGGAGUCUGGGAGAGGAUGCUUAUGGAGACUACAGGAGACACACUGCUGCUGCUGCUGCUGCUCUGCUGUUCCCUGAUGGAGGCCUGAAAGCUCACAGUGGGAAGGCCCCGUCUGAUCUGCUCUGCUCCAGUCUGAUCCUCAACGGGGCCUACAAGUGUGUCAAGUGCAGCAAGGUGUUUUCUACUCCGCACGGUUUGGAGGUCCACGUCCGCAGAUCGCACAGCGGCACCAGACCAUUUGCGUGUGAAAUCUGCGGCAAAACCUUCGGACACGCAGUCAGUUUGGAGCAACACAAAGCCGUGCACUCGCAGGAAAGAAGCUUCGACUGCAAAAUCUGCGGUAAAAGUUUCAAAAGGUCAUCGACUUUGUCGACGCAUCUCCUCAUCCACUCCGACACCCGGCCGUACCCGUGCCAGUACUGCGGAAAGAGGUUUCACCAGAAGUCAGAUAUGAAGAAGCACACGUUCAUCCACACAGGUGAGAAGCCACAUAAAUGUCAAGUGUGUGGGAAAGCGUUCAGCCAGAGCUCCAACCUCAUCACUCACAGCAGGAAACACACAGGAUACAAACCUUUCGGCUGCGAUCUGUGCGGGAAAGGCUUCCAGAGGAAAGUGGACCUGAGGAGGCACAAAGAGACACAGCAUGGACUCAAAUGAAGCGAAACAGACUUCUGAACAGAUUCCAGUCAUGAUGUGACCUGACUUUAACGUCUUUAAUGCAUUUUAAAGAAACGAUCUCGGACAUUUGGCAAAGACAGAAGAGGCGUUACAAAUCUGUCAGCAUGAGGACGUUUUUUGGAUUGAAGAUGACCUUUGAUCCAUACUGUAAAACCAAGUGUUAAAGUGCAUUUCAGAUAGAAAUAUAUGUAUUACUAUUUAUUUAUGGUGAUAAAUUAAACAUAUAUGAUCAGAUUUAAACAUUUUUCUUACAGACAUUUUAAAGAGAAGAUGUUAAAAACACUAAAUAUUUUCAAGAUUACUCCAGAGGUGAAGAUGAAACAAACACAUCUGGGAAAAAGUCUGACUGCACAUGAUGACAUAAAUUCAUCAAAUCAACCAGGAUCAGCCCCUUCAGUGGGGUUAAACCCCUCAAGUUCUUUGUGCUCUCACUUUAAAAACCCUGAUCAGCUGCAAAGCUGCAAAUCUGCGCCUCUCCUCAGAGCAGAGGCUUUGUUUUCAGUUUGAAGACAUGCUGGCAAAACAGCCUCCUCACACUGUGUGAUUUAAUAAACAGCAGGCCUUACUCACAGAGAUGUUA